GAUCCCCUACCCUUUAAGCUCAAACCCUUCAAUUCACUCUAGAGUCAACCGAAGAACCAGACAUCAUUUAGGUACCCACUUAAACUUCCAAGCAAUGGCGCUUCCAACAUGGGCUGCGUUCAUCGUGCUUGUCACCGCAGUCUUCCUCAACGUCAUAAUUUCCCGAGGGCACCGCCGCACCUACAAUCUCCCGCCAGGUCCCAAGCCAUGGCCAAUCAUUGGAAACCUCAACCUCCUAGGUGUGCUGCCGCACCGCUCCAUCCACAAGCUCUCCAAGCGCUACGGGCCACUCGUGCAUCUCCAGCUCGGGUCCUUGCCCGUUGUUAUCGGCUCGUCUGUCGAGAUGGCCAGGUUCUUCCUCAAGACAAAGGACGCCACCUUCGCAGACCGCCCGAGGUUCGCGAUCGCCAAGUACGGCGCUUACGACUCCUCCGACAUCAUGUGGACCCAGUACGGACCGUACCUACGCGAGGUGCGCAGGAUCUGCGCCGCCGAGCUCCUCAGCGCCAAGCGGCUCGAGUCCUUUGAGCACAUCCGCGGCGAGGAGGUGCGUGGGAUGCUUCGUGGCCUGCGCGAGGCGUCCGGGCACGUCGUGCGGCUCAGGGGCUACCUGCAGAUGAUGACGCUCGGCGUGAUCUCGCGCAUGGUUCUCGGCAAGAAGUACAUCCAAGAGGAGGCGGCCGCCGAGGGGGGCUCGCCGCCGGUGCUGACGCCGGCCGAGUUCCGGGAGAUGGUGGAUGAGUUCUUCGUGCUUCACGGUGUGUUUAACAUUGGCGAUUUCAUACCAUGGCUGGAUUGGCUGGACCUGCAGGGGUACGUCAGGAGGAUGAAGAGGAUGAACAGGAAGUUCCAUCGGUUUCUGGACCAUGUUCUGGACGAGCACAACCGGCGGCGGCGCCUCGAGGGAGAGGAUUUCGUGGCAAGAGACCUGGUGGACGUGCUGCUGCAGCUGGCGGAUGACCCUAACCUUGAGGUUCAGCUCAGCAGGGACAAUGUGAAGGCUAUCAUACAGGAUGCACUCCUCGGAGGAUCAGAUACUUCCGCUGUGACCAUCGAGUGGGCGAUCUCGGAGCUCAUCAAGAACCCCAAGUUACUAGGCAAGGCCACCGAGGAGCUCGACCGUGUGGUUGGGCGCGAACGCCUGGUCACGGAGAGGGACCUGCCAGCCCUUCCCUACAUUGAGGCCAUCCUCAAGGAAACCUUUCGCUUGCACCCUGUUGCGCCGAUGCUGGUGCCCCACCUAGCUCGUGAGGAUGCCCGCGUGGACGGCUACGACAUCCCCGCCGGCACGGUCGCCUUCAUCAACGUGUGGUCGAUCGGCCGUGACCCGACGCUGUGGGACGCGCCGGAGGAGUUCCGUCCGGAGCGAUUCAUCGGGAGCAAGAUCGACGUGAAGGGGCAGGACUUCGAGCUGCUGCCCUUCGGCUCCGGCCGGCGGAUGUGCCCUGGGUUAAGCCUGGGGCUGAAGGUGACCCUGCUGAGCAUCGCCAACCUGCUGCAUGGCUUCGUGUGGAGGCUCCCGGAUGGCAUGGCGGUGGAGGAGCUGAGCAUGGAGGAGAUCUUUCUGCUCGCGGUGCCACGCAAGAACCCACUUGAGGCUGUCGUCGAGCCUAGGCUGCAGAGCCAUUUAUAUAUGUGUGAUUAAUGUCCAUCGAUCAGUACGUGCAUUUGGCAUUCGGUGUAUGUAUACAACUACGUGGUUGUUACUGGUCUUGGUGGUGUCUAUAUGAAAUUAUGAAGCCAUUUACCUACAUAAAAGGUUUCUAGUGUGCUUUAUAUAAUGUUGUAACUCAACCCUAUAGUCUCGCCCUCAUUAUUGUCCCGCUUCGCAAUCAAGGUUUUUUUUCUUGCAA